GUUUCCUGGAUCCUUUCCAUUCAUCCUUUUGCAUUGCAAUAUGGACUCUAGAAAGAGGGCUGCCGUCUCAUUUACUGGUGGAAAGGAUUGCACUUUGGCCUUGUCUAUGACUAGGUCUACGCAUGAUGUUGUUUUACUUGUCACCUUCGGCCCUAAGAACUUCACAUCUUUCAAAGCCCACUCACUCGAGUUUAUUCAACUUCAGGCGAAGGCAUUGGACAUUCCACAUAUCCUAAUUGAGGUUGGGGAAGAAGGAAAGACACAUCUCCAAUGCUACCGUGAACAGAUCGAACGAAUCAAACAAGAAUAUAAUCUUAAUCUUUUAGUUACAGGCGAUAUUCUCAAUGUCUGUGAUAACUUCAUGGCCAGGGCAACAGAGGGUAUUAUUGAGUUAUCCUGUCCGAUCUGGGCCAUUGAUCGCCAUAGACUUUUGGACACACUCUUUGAACGUCAAUUCCAACUGCUCAUAACCUGUGCUUCAAUUAAAAAACUGGGUAAUGAUGAGGAUUUGGCUAGGAAAUUCGUUGGGUCACGACUGACACCGGAGUUUGUGACAAGUAUACUUGAGCCCAGGGAAAAUGAGGUCGAUAUGGGAGGCGAGCUAGGUGAAUUUCAUACAAUGGUCCUUACUGUCCCUGAACUGUACAAUGGAUACCAUAUAGAAUUUGAUGGCCAUCAGGUUGUUGAAGGCGAGUUUAUGUAUAUGGCCUUUGACAAUAUCAGGCUAGUCCGGGAUACGUAAAGUUGACAGGAGAUCAAGCAAUCAACUGUCGAUUAGACGCCACCAAAAUGCUUUAGACAAACACUCCAUCUCAAACCGGCAGGCACACUCAUGCUUACCUCUAUAGACUACAUGAUAC